GAGUCGCGAAAAACCAGAUGAAAACCCGGGGCCCGUGCCCUUGCUCCGGCCGCGCGGAGCGGCGCUAGAGUUGGCGUGCAAUUGAGAGAGCGGUCGCAGUCGUCGUCUCCGACUCGUACUCGGUCACUGGUACCAAUUCACAAUUUCAUGCCAAAUAUUAAAUAAAAUAUGGACUAGAUCUAAAUAAUGUUUGGAGAGCCUAAUGUUUCUAUAACUCAUAUCAAAACACUCCACAUCAAUUCCAUACAGUGACAUUUAGAAUGAAGUAUGGUACGGUACCUGAAUUAUCGGCAUUUUCAAAGUCAGUCGGCCGUUGUUACAGACGCUUCGAAUUCAGAGGCUAUGAGUAAUGGGUCAAAGGUUAUGCGAACUCUGUGAGAAAAUGGAUUACGUGACCCCGCAGCGCCUCCCAAUGUAAACAAAGUCAGCAUCGGUGAUAUACGGGACAAGAAAUACCAAGCAAGAAGUUUGCAGUGCACAGUUACAGCUACAGAUCAGCACCGCUAGCACUUGCACAUUUUAGCUGUAAACAUAAGCCCAGGGGCAGGCGGCCAUGACGAUCAUGUCUUCACCAUACACCAAUCCACCGAUCAUCACCUUCCGGCAUUGUGAUCCAAUCAAUCACAUUCUCUGUUUCAAUGAGGUUUUACAAGUCUGCCCAAUUUGCAGAAUUCGUCUUGAUAAUGGGAGAGCUGAAUUUCCUUUGCCUCCUGUUAGGCUGCCCUCAUUGUUCAUGAAUGCUGUAACCAAACCACACUGCCUUGCCAUUAAGCCAACCUAUGGUUCAUUUCUGCAAACAUAUAUGCCAGGUCAUUUCUUGCAUGCAGGGAUAUCCAAUUCCAAAGGUGUGGUUUACAACUAUGAUGAUAAUGGUAUUCACCAAGAUACCUCAUCAUGGGAACAGUGUGUGGUUAUUCCAUUACUUGGUUGCCAUGACUACGAGAUGAAGCAAGAAUGGGAUACAGAGCUUCAUCAAUUUUCUAUGUCAUCUGGAUGGACACGAGAGAGAUACCAUGAAGGGAUCAAUAAUUGUUUUGACUUUGUAGUAGGAUUCCUGAAUCACAUUGACUACAACCAAACAGUGAAGCAUAUCUCUAAACCAAUCACCAGAGAAGAACUCUGUCAAGAUUAUAUUGUAUCCAUGACAACCAAAGCUGCACAGUACAUCAGUAUUCACCAUGCAAUAAGAAAAGAUGGAUACAUUAUUCAAAGAGACUUACCAAGCUGACAGACUUUUUUUGACUAAUUUCUGAGGAAAUCAAAGAUAUCAAGUACUGUAAUCUCAAAGACACAGAUUUCAUAUUUUUUUAAGACUUACUGAUUCACACAGAGAUGUUGUGGUGUGGCCGUGGAUGUGAAAUAAAAUAUAAUGUAGUUUUAUGUACUGUUUUUCACUGCUGAAAAUACAACUGGAAUGCUUGAACAGGGUGCAUUUUCUAAUUUAAAACUUCUUUUUAAUUUAGUUACCACUUUCUGACAGUUCCUAUUUACAUAAUAUACAUAUGAUAUGACAGUAAAAAUAUAUAUAGAAAAUAUAGGAAAUAUUUUUAUAGGAAAUGACCAAUUAGAAAAAGAUAUAUAUAUUGCACAGGUAUCGAAUGAUAUAUUUGUGAGUCCACUUUCAUAGUAUAUUGCAUACGGCAGACUUUGUUUUCUUGAGAGAUAAAUCACUCCUGGUCUGACGAUCGUAUUCUGCUUGUCGUAGCUGAUGCUGAAGCUGAGCUAUUUCAUCUUGAUAGGCUUUCUCCUUGUUGUCAAAAUUCUGUUAAAAUAAAGUAAUACAUUCAUUCAUCCAGCAACAUUUAUAAUUUUAAUCAGUAAUGUAACUGAGAAGUAAAGUGCAAGUAUCUCAGGUACCUUGAUCGUAUAUAUAGGUCUAAAUUUGAAAAGUUAAAGGUUGCAACUUGAUAUGUAAUAUAUUUUAGAAAUAGUUUCAAUUAAAAAAAAUAGAGAGCUGGAUAAGGGUUGCCUAACAUAUCAUAAUGUACAUGCCAUUCACUCAGUGCAGACCAAUGAGGUGUUUCACAAAGAGAUAAGUCUGACUAGAAACCUCAUUUAAGUAACAAUGCACAUAUGAAAUUCAAUGUGCAAUCACAUUGAUUAUUAUGCAGUAGCAUGCAUCCUACAGGUAUAAUCAUAAUCUGACCAAUGUAAUGAUAUAUGAUAUCCACAUGCAAUGCAUAAGAAAAGUUUGAUUUUAAGUCACACUUGAAACUUUUUAAAUUUCCUCUAGAUUUAGAUAUUUGUAGCUCUUUCAGUAAUGAGGAUGCUAUGUCCAAUUUAAUAAAUGUCUGUUAAUUAAGCAAAGUACGAAACCUGGGUCCUGUAACAUGAAAACUUGUUAUAAUACAUGUAACAAAUGCACAAAUACUAUAACAAGUUUACUAUCAACUAAUCAAAUAGAGGAAUUUCAGUAGCUUUAAGCUGUUAUCACAAAUCUGUUUAAUAUAAUAAGUUUCAUGAAACUGUAUUCAGACUUACCAUAUUGCACCAUUCCUGUAUUUCUCUUGGUUUGAGAGGGCCUUGGACACUCCCAUCACGACGGAUGAAAACAUCACCCACUGGUGUAGCAUACAGUGUGUUGGCUCUUCCAGAAUCAAUAUUGAGUUUAAUAACCUUCAAGACAUUCUCAUCACCUAUCGAAGCAAAGUGAUUUAUGUAAAUCAACAAAUAUCAGGAUAUCACUUGGUUUAAGUAGAAGCAAGUAGUGAGAAAAACAAUUAUUCGACUUCAAUUCAUCUGGCUCAAUUCUAAAAAAGAAAAAGAGAAAUAUGCAAUUUCUCAAAUUAAUGUACCCACUGUCAGGUGUAUGUUAGGCCUACCAAAAACUCAUAAAGGAAAAAUAAUACUGAAAUUGUUCUUGCAGCAAAUGGCAACAGAACUUGCAAGACAUUAUAUAUGUCAUGGAAUUGUAAAUAUAUCUUUGAUUUGUCAUAAGUUUAAA